AUGAUGAUGAAGUAUAUUAAUUAUAUAUAUGAAUAUUGUAGAUUUUAUCGCAUAUUAUCUAAAUUUUUUUUUAACACAUUCAAUGCUGAUAAUACAUAUAUUGCAAGAACAGAACGAUUACUGGCUAAAAAUAUAUUCCAAAGAAAAUAUAAACAAGAAUCUUUAAAAGUUAAUUUAAAACUUUUUAACCCAAAAUAUAAUAUAAACAAUGGUUCGCAUGAAAUAGCCUCUAUAUACAAAGAUAUGGAAUUGCUGGAUGAUUGUGUUAAUGGAUUAUUAUUAGAUGAACAUGAAAAGUUUAAUAAACAUGUAGUAAAAGCAGAAAUAUCGAAUAAAACAUUAGAAAGAGCGAUAUUUAAUGAUUAUCCUAAAUUGCAUGCUAUUCCAUUAAGUAAUAAAAUUGCUACCAUAUUGUGUGAUUAUACUGGAAAAAAAAUACAUGAGAUUGCUCUUGAAUCCACAAAUAAUUCUUUAGUUAUUAUUUUAACACAUAAAUGCAAUUCAAAAUUAUAUGGUAAAUAUACAGAGUUAAAUAAUGUAGCAUUUCUUACUAUAAUGGUUAUAUGUUUGUCACAAAUAUUAUAUAUUAUUGGAAAAUUUGAUUUCUUAGAUAAAAAUAAAACUCCUCAAAUGAGAGAAAAAGAAAUAGCCAAGGAAAAAAAAAUGGAAAUUAAAAAAAAGAGAAAGAAGGAUAUGCUAAAAUAUAAAGAAAUACUAAAAAAGGAUGGAAUAAAAGAUUUGGACACUUAUAUGAAGUACUAUAAGCAAAGAUAUUAUAGUAAGAAAGGAAUAGGAAAAUUUGACAGUUACUGUGAAAAAUAUAUAUUCGAUAUGAUUGAUAGAAUAGAUAAAAUAUCUGAAUGUAGUAAUUAUGAAAAUAGAAGAAUGAAAAAAAAAAUUUGUGUGAGAUAUGGACUCUAUGGUACAAUUUUUUGUUUAUUUCAAUUAUCUGGUAUAAUUUAUCCUUUAACAAGUAAGAUAAAAAAGAAUGUUACUCCUAGUAGGUAUAUUCUUUCUAUUUUAGGUUUGCAAAUUUAUAGUAAUCAAGUUGAUAGUUAUCAGAUUUAUGAUUAUCAAAUUUAUGCCACAUUUAUUAUAAUAUUAUCAAUUUUAAUUUUGGUACCCAUUAUUUAUAUAAUGAUAAAAAUGGCAAUAAUGGCUAAUAUAUUAUAUAUUCCACAUACGGAUAACUAUUACAUAAAUCAUCAUAGUAAUAUAGGAUUUUAUAAUUUCUUAAGUAAUGUUCUUAUUUUAUAUGAUAUAUCCUUGAACUUUUUUUACAUUAUAUAUAAUAUAUUUAUAAAAAAUAUAUAUAUAAUACACGUAUUCAUUCCUCAUUAUCUAAAAAAAUUGUUUAUGAUUAUUUAUUUUUAA